GUCGGCCAAAAAAUAAAAAUAUUUACUGUAUUUACUGUUGUAAAUAAUACAGUAAAUAAUGGCAGGUUUUAGGAGGUUCUUUGUAAUUUGACAGAAUUUGACACUAGUUUCUAAAACUUUAUUAUGAAAAUCUGAAAUUAGAAACAUUCUUAGUAUUCUUCUUUCUAAUUCGGCUUUUAUUUGACACUUUAUAUAAGCUUGUCAUACUAUUGCUGUCGAAAGCCUAUUAUUUAAUCUUCUUUCGUGAUUGUAAUAUCUCAACCAGCCUGAACUGAUAAUGAAACCAAAGAUUGUAUCAAGCAGCACAAUGAUCUGUAUGCUGAUACACCUGUUUGCUUCUAUCUUUGAACAAACUCAAGCGCUAAUAUUUCAUGCCUGCUAAAUUAUUCAGAACAAAAGAUGAUUAAAAUUGAUAUUUUAUUUUUUAUUUCCAAAAUGUAAAAUGAUUAUUAGCCUAUAUAUUAAUUUAAAAUUACGCUGCCGUAAAAUCAGUGUCUUGCUGCUUUUAUGAAAUCAAAAACUCCCAAUGCUCAUUAAACAAUUACACAGAAUGCGUGUAUAUCAUAAUCAUACAAUAACAUGCAGACUCGUCUGGUUUGUUUUAUGAAAGCCAGUAUUAUAACAGUUACAGAUUUGUGUUAUUGAUCCUACAGUAAACUCUCAAAACUUGACAGCAGUUUCCAGAAUUCAUACUAAAGCACUGAAGAAUGUUAUUUAGUUCGUGAUUUCGCAGCACUUGUUUGCAGUGAAGCACUACUAGAGAACAGGGAAGGGAAGUUGAUUUAAUGGGAACAGGAAAUGAGUUUCCACGGCAGCCAGUGACAUCACUGCUUGUGUAUGUGCAUAAGCUCCUCCCACUCAGAACGCAGCAGGUAUAAACGUGUUGCAGGUGACGCGGCGCUCAAUUCUCACCGCUGGUCUGAAGACUCUCUGAGCGUCCUUCACACAGUCGUCAUCGUCCAGAAUGGGUUUUGGCACGAACGGCGAGCUGAUGGACGGCAGGUCAAAGGUCAGCUUCUGCUCGGGCUCGUGUCACGCCGAGCACAUCCUGCAGGUGCUGAACUCGUACCGGCGCAGCGGCACCUUCACGGACGUGGUUCUGCAGGUGGACGGAUGCGAGUUCCCGUGUCACCGCGCCACGCUCUGCGCCAGCAGCCUCUACUUCCGCACCAUGUUCAGCAGCAGCUUCCAGGAGAACCAGCAGCCCGUGGUCAAGCUGCAGGGCAUCUCCAGCACAGCCAUGGACAACCUGCUGGACUUCAUGUACGAGGGCCGGCUGAAGCUGGACGAGGAGAACGUGGAGAGCGUCUUCCAGGCGGCGGAUCAGCUGGACGUCCCCGUCCUGUCCAGAGCCUGCGUGCAGUUCCUGCAGGAGCGCGUCAGCCACGCAAACUGUCUGGGGCUGAUGGACUUCGCCAGUCUGUACGUGCUGCAGCCGCUGCAGGAGCAGUGCCAGACGCUGCUCUACCAGGACUUCCAGGAGGUGCUGCAGCACGACGAGUUCCUCGGCCUGCCCAAAGCCCGUGUGCUGGAGCUGCUGGCCUGCGAGCGUCUGCAGGUGACCGAGGAUGUUCUGGUGACCGCCGCGCUCCGCUGGGUCCAUCACCGGCCAGACGAGAGGAAACAGGAGCUCAGGGAGCUGCUGGAGCGGCUGCGUCUCCCUCUGCUGGACCCGGCGUUCUUCACCGCUGCGCUGGAGGCGGAUGAGCUGGUGCAGGAGUGUGUGGAGCUCCGGCCGCUGCUGCAGGAGGCACGCAUGUACCGUGUGUUCGGACGCGAGGUGCAGUCGGAGCGCACCAAACCCCGCCGGUGCUCUGGCUGGGCUGAGGUGAUCUUCGUGAUCGGUGGCUGUGAUAAGAACGGUUUCUCCAGGCUGUCCUUCACAGAGAAGCUGAACGUGUCGUCAGGAGAGUGGACGUCCGCCGCUGCUCUGCCCGGUUACUCCAAAUCUGAGUUUGCGGCCUGUGAGCUUCAGAACGACAUUUAUGUGUCAGGCGGGCAGCUGAACAGCGCAGACGUGUGGCGCUUCAUGCCGCAGCUCAAUCACUGGGUGCGGGUGCGAGGACUCAUCCGCGGCCGCUGGAGACAUAAGAUGACCUCCUUGUGUGGGAAGCUGUACGUGGUCGGCGGUUAUAACGGCCGCGAGCGUCUGUCCAGCGUGGAGCGCUACAGUCCUCAUGAGAACAGCUGGACGAGUGUUUCGGACAUGCUGCUGCCGGUCAGUUCGGCCGCUCUGAGCAGCUGCUGCGGGAAGCUCUACAUCAUCGGAGGAGCUGUGAGUGACCACAACAACACUGACCGGGUCCAGUGUUACGACCCGGUGAGCGACAGGUGGUCAUACGUGUCGUCCUGUCCCUUCACCCAGCGCUCCAUCACCGCCGUGACGCUCAACGGCUCCAUCUACGUGACCGGAGGUCUGCUGGACCACAUCUACUGCUACACGCCCCGCACAGACUCCUGGAGCCGAGCCGCGGAGCUGCCCGUCAGACUGGAGGGCUGCGGGCUGACCGUGUGUGACGGGAAGGUGUAUGUGGUCGGCGGUCGUGAUGAACACUCGGUUGCCGUGGAUCAGAUCUGGGCGUUCGACCCGCUGAGCGGUAAAGUGACGGAGGAGAAGCCGCUGACCCGCUGCCUGAGUUAUCACGGCUGUGUGACCGUCCUGCAGCGGCUCUGACCCCAACACACCGCAUCAAGCUCACUGAACCAUGUGGACCACUUACCAUUCAUGAUAAUGUGAUAACAAGUAGCUAUGGAAAGCUGUUUUCACAAUUAUUCGAUAUACGCUCGGAAUUCUGAGAAAAAAAGUUAGACUUGCAACAUAUAUUCUGACGAUAUUUCUUGCAAUUCUGAGUUUAUAUAAUUCUCAGUUUAUAAUUCACAGCUCUGACUUUUUUCUCUGCAGUUGAAAUUGCAAGUUUAUAUCUCAUAAUUCCAAGUUUAUAUCUCAUAAUUACUAUAAUUCUGAGUUUGUAUCUCAUAUUUCUGACUUUUUUCUUGCAAUUCUAAGUUUAUAUCUCAUAAUUACUAUAAUUCUGAGUUUGUAUCUUAUAACUCUGUUUAUAUCACAAUUCUGAGUUUAUAUCUCAUAAUUACGAUACUUCGGAGUUUGUAUCUCAUAUUUCUGACUUUUUUCUUGCAAUUCUAAGUUUGUAUCUCAUAAUUCCAAGUUUAUGUCUCAUAAUUCAUAUGUGAAUAUUUAUCUCAUAUGUGAGAUAAAAGGUUGGAAUUACCUUUAUUAUCCCUUGAAGGAAACAUGCUUCCAUUAAUACCAGUUUGGAACAUCAAACAUCAUAAAUGGACUUGGACAAUGAAAAUGACACCCGUAGCCUCGCACAUUAAGUUAAAAAUAAUUGAAACUGUUCUUACAUAAAAACUAAGGUGGAUAAGUGAGAUUUCUAGCUGAACUAGAUAAAGCAGUUCUUCAUUUUCUGAUGAUAAGACACAAUCAGUUUCUCACAUUCCACAUGACUGACAAACCGGAAAAACUCUUGCGUGACUACAGACCUGCAAAAUCUGUAGCAGAAAUGUGAACGCGUCACUAAUGCACCAACAGUUACAUUAUUGCUCGUUAAUGAAGUCUGGGGAUAUAUUGCCUGUGUGUAUUGUGUAUUGUGUUUGUGGAAACAUUAGCGUUCUAUAAUACACAAUGAUUUAUUUUCUAGUUAUGGACUUGAACUUCUGGAAAUCCCAAUGUGAAUCUGAAUCAUUAUAGACUGUGAACAUGUUUUUAACCACUUUGUAUAUAUGAUGUUAGAUACAUUUAAAUAAAGACUGCAUCAUUUUA